UACCCAGCGCACACUUUUAACAUUGUUAAACAAACAAAUCUCAACAGUUUUUUUUUUACUGUGUUUUUGUUGUCACACCACAUUGACUUGUUUGGAUGUAUCCACCGGUGACCGGCAGGAAAAUGGACCAGUGACUGGGACUGCACUCGCUCGGCGGGUCAAGCUGGAAACCAAUCCUCUGUAUGGCAGACUGAACCUACGUUAUGACUGAAUUAGAAGCUUCUGGGGUGGUGGAUCAUCCCCCGCCCUACAUAAUCUUCGUUGUGGUCUUCCUCUUCUUCCUCACCGGACUGCUUGGCUUCCUCGUCUGCCACCUUCUGAAGAAGAAAGGCUACCGCUUACGCACUGGAGACAUGGACGAUGAAGAGGAGGAGAAGAAGCUUGGAGGAAAUGUAGAAGAAGAGGACGAGGAGAACCAAGACACAGUGGAGCAGAUCCUCAAAUGUAUUAUUGAAAAUGAAGCUAACAUGGAAGCGUUCAAUGAAAUGUUUGGAAACCACGUGCACCAUGACCCCAGGUUGCGUAAGGAGUCUGUUGGAGGUGUUCCUCCCCAUCACCACACAGUUCACUCAGGCACAGACCACAACUCCUGUCACCUCUGUGCCCAGGUCCGAUCCAAAAAGGGCCGAAGACAAAGUCGAACCCCGCGCCAUAAACAACGACCGGGAGAGCAGACUGUCUUCUCUGUUGGCAGGUUCCGGGUGACGCACACUGAUAAGAAGCUUCACGGAGGUCCUAAUCCAUUGGUCAGUUCCGGAGAUCAGCUUGACCAGUCCCAGGACAGCGAGGAGCGGAAGGAAGGCGGGUACAAUCUGAGAAGCAUGUUCAAGGAUAGCCGAUUGCCAUCAGAGGGCGCCAAUGGAGUUACUGUGAACGUGGGGAAACGCAGGAAGAGUUUAACCAUAUUUGGGUUAAGGCGCGGCAGCGACCCCGUUGGCAUUAAAGUAAGAGAAGGGACAGGAAGGGAGACCGGAGGUGUUAAAUUCACUAUUAAGCCGCAAUCUGUAGUACUGGAGGAACUGUUGCAGGCAGAGAACAUUGACAUUGCAAAACCUGGUAUCAAACCUGAAACCGAGGCCUCAAAAAGUCAAACUCCUGCUUCACCUAAACUCGAGGCUAAAAUUUUAGUUUCUGUUAAUUCUCCCUCUUCCAAAAGUAAGGAUCUGGCCCAUACUCCUGAGGAUGGCUCUCAGCAUAGGCUUAGUCCUGAACCUGGUACGAACCAAAUCAAACCUCCCGUUGUGACUACUGCAGCUCAUGCCCCUAGCUCUUCUCCCAUUCCAUCUCCUGCUUCUUCUGGACAUUCAUUUGAGACAAGAGAGAAACAAGGAGAUGUUGAGGGUAAGGUGUUAAAAACUGAAGAGGCAUAUGAUCCUGGGCCGCUACAGACCUCUACACCCAUUGCCCCAUUGCCUGGAUCCAUUACAGGUUUCACUCCUGUCAUUCCUACUAGUCAACCUGAACCGUGUUCGAGCCCAGGUUUUCCAGUUACCCAAACUCCCCCUAACCCAAGCUCAACUCCAGAUGUGGAAUCAGGUUUUGGUGCAAGCCUAGCUUUAAUAAGCUUAGGUUCAUCUCCUCCAUAUUCGUACUCAAUCAAGACCUCACCUUCAUCCUCCACAUUAAAAAUGCCCAUCUUACCCGUGGGGAUAGCUUCGAGCCCGAAACUAAGCUCAAGAAAUAUACCAUUUGCCUUUGCCUCAAGCCCCAAACUCCCAUCAGGCCCAGCGAUGUAUAGCCAGGCCACUGUUCCAUCUUUAACCUUUGGAAAAAGUACAAGUCCAUUACAAGGACCAACUCCCUUACCUGCUCUUACUGCUGGCUCCAAACUUGACACCAUGCCAGUAUCACCAGGACCCCCCUCCUCUUCUCCAGCUGACCAACACCUGUCCUACGGAAGUUCGCCCCGUCUGACAUUGAAGUCAGGAAGUGUGGUGUCUGUAUCAUCUAUGACCAAAGAGGAUAUGAUUUCAAGCCCAUUUUCUCUAAAGGAACAAGAGCUGGAAGAAACCAGAACCGCAAAGAUGGAAGAAAAGACGGAAAUAACGAGAGGAGGGAUUCUCAAAACAGCUAAACUUUUACCAGUUGAGGGAGAUUCUAAAGAUUCUGCACUUUACUCUCCCAAUGAUCAACUUUCUAAUGACACACUGAGCAGCUGGCCUCUGACACCUUCCUGUCCACUGCCCCCCUCCUCACCUAUAGGAAGCAAUAUAAGCAGUGUGACCAUCGUCAAAGCCAGCCCUGACAGCAAGAGAGAGUUUUCUGUUGUCACCAUGAUGGAGCAGGAAGUAUCCUCUACUUCAAUAAAAGAACAGAAAGGAGCAACUUCUGAACUCAGGGUUGAAUCAGAAAAAGCAGGAAUUAGUCCAGCCGAUGGUCAGGGAGGAGAGCUUUACGUUUUAGCCGUUGGACAACGUGAAAGGCAAAUUGAAGAGACUCCUAGAGCAGAGGUUAGACCAAGGGUUAUCCAAGAGAAGGAUGAUAUUGUGGAAAUGGAAGAUAUAAGGGACUGCAAAGUGACACAGGUGAAAGAAGAAGAGAGGGUGUAGGAGGAGU